UGAAGAUUAUCUAAUGGGCAUUUUACAAAUGGCUUCCGAGCUGUCACGUUUUGCCACCAACUCUGUGACAAUGGGUGAUUAUGAUCGCCCCCUGAAUAUAUCACGUUUCAUGGCCGAUCUGAAUGCCGGCUUUCGUUUGUUAAAUCUUAAAAAUGAUGGUCUACGCAAACGUUUCGAUGCUCUCAAAUAUGAUGUUAAGAAAAUCGAAGAAGUUGUCUACGAUAUUAGUAUAAGGGGUCUGCGUAAUGGUACGGUAGCGGGAGAUGAAGCCGCAGCAGUACCACCUACAGCUGAAGCUGUAGCAGCAGGUGAUGAUUGUCCGUUUGGUGAAAAUAAAACAGAAUAA